AUGAAAAUAGAAAUAAAACUGCAGCAGAUCAAUGCAAGUGGAAAUGCACUCCGAAGAUAUUCCAAUUAUAUCUUCAAGCAGGUGCUUGAGGUGUCCCAAGCAAACCUGGCGAAAGACUUGGAGCGAGGAUCAGUGGCCACAGCAUCGGUACUCCGUAACUCCCAAUUCAAUCACCUCCCAUGCUAUGGCAUGAAAUUGGAUCCAAAGUUGAGUUUAAGUACCCCGCGAUCUCAAGGUUGCUAUGGUGAGGCAUCGGCGCUGGACCUUCUUUUACGAUCAAAGCAAAUCAAUUUUUAA